AUGGCCCCCAAGUACACCGUCCGCAACGUCGGCGCCCUCAACACCCUCGAGUGGCGUGCCUUCAUCGAGAAGGAUGGCGUCCCCGUCUCGCCCUUCCACGACAUCCCCCUCUUCGCCAACGAGGAGAAGACCGUCCUGAACAUGGUCGUCGAGAUCCCUCGCUGGACCAACGCUAAGCAGGAGAUCUCCAAGGACGACUUCCUCAACCCCAUCAAGCAGGACACCAAGAAGGGCAAACUCCGCUUCGUCCGCAACUGCUUCCCCCACAAGGGCUAUCUCUGGAACUACGGAGCCUUCCCUCGCACCUGGGAGGACCCCAAUGUCGUCCACCCCGAGACCAAGGCCAAGGGAGACAACGACCCCCUGGAUGUCUGCGAGAUCGGUGAGCUCGUCGGCUACCCCGGCCAGAUCAAGCAGGUCAAGGUCCUCGGCGUCAUGGCCCUUCUCGACGAGGAGGAGACCGACUGGAAGAUCAUCGUCAUCGACGUCAACGACCCGCUCGCCUCCAAGCUCCACGACAUCGAGGACGUCGAACGACACCUCCCCGGCCUCCUCAGGGCCACCAACGAGUGGUUCCGCAUCUACAAGAUCCCGGACGGCAAGCCAGAGAACCAGUUCGCCUUCUCCGGCGAGUGCAAGAACGCCAAAUACGCUAUGGAUGUCGUCCACGAGUGUGCCGAGGCCUGGGAGAAACUCAUCUCUGGCCAGUCCCCCGCCGGAGGAAUCUCCCUCGCCAACUCUACCCUCGAACACGCCCGCGUUGACGCCGGCAAGCUCGAGUCCAUCCCCGCUGGCACCAACCUCCCACCGGCCCCAAUUGACGGCAGCAUCGACAAGUGGUUCUUCAUCUCCGGUGCCGCUGUCUAA